CCCCUCCCAGCCAUCCAUCGCUGGCCAUCAUCACCCCCCUUACCCAGCACCUCGCAAUGUCCACUCCUAGAGGCAGCAGUGGUGCUGGCAAAGCCUCUUCCCCUGCAGGCGGCAAGGGCACUCUGCUCGGCUUCUUCAGGAAAGUCGAUGGCCCAGCACCUGCCCGGGGCCAGGCUAGUAGCACAGCUGAUGCUGGCAAGAACACUGCGAGCAGAGUAGCGCCUGUAAUGGACAAGGUGACUCAGGCACCGACCGUCAAGAAGCCUCCACAGACUGUCGCUUCUUCGUCAAAGACCUCUGCUGCUUCCAGUUCGACCAAGACUGCCUUUCCCUCUCCACCCUCCUCUACCUCCGGACGAUCCGUCUCGCCCGUAGCACCUCGAAUCAGCAAUGAUACCCCCUUUAACAAGAAGAUUGGCACGCCCUCGGCCUCAACAGGAGGUACUAGCAGUCCCUUCAAGAGCCCCACGCAGCCUGCAUCAGCAAGUAGACCCAGCCGUGAAGGUAGCAAGUCAGCCAGUCGUGGUCUGGUUGGGGUGAACGCUGGGUCCGGGCAGCCAACACCCCCCAGCAGCAGUCCGGCGACUGCGCAGCUGCUUGAAGACGAGGGCCUUGAUGAAGAAGAUGUCAUGCCUUCCUCCAGCAGACGAGUAGCCAAGAAGCGUCCUGCCUACUUCGAGUCGGGCUCGGAAGGUGAUGGUGAAUCUGACUUUGAGGCGGACGACGACGAUGAUGACGAUGAAGCCUUCUCAGACGCAUCCAUGUCACCAGCUCCACCCUCACGCAGCCGCCACUCAGCUGCCCCGGUUGCAAAGAAGCCAAAAGCAGCCGCUUCGCGGCCCUCCGCUGUUGCAUCAUCUUCCAAGCCACCUCCGGUGUCUCGUCCUCCCUUUGCACGAGCCUCAACUUCAGCCACUUCGAACAGCCGAGCCUCUCCAGGUGAAGACGGCACGCCUAAGCCCGCAGGUGGCUCGACUGAAUUCGCCUUUCUCAAUGACCGCAGAGACAUGGACAAGAAUCGCCCAGGUGACGCCGACUAUGACCCGAGGACGCUGUACAUCCCAAACAACGCCUGGAGCACAAUGUCAAAAUUCGAAAAGCAGUACUUUGAAAUCAAGCAAUGGAACAUGGACACUAUCCUCAUGUGCCAAAAGGGCAAGUUUUACGAAAUGUUCCUCGAGGACGCAUACAUUGUCCAUCGAGAGCUAGAUUUGAAGCUGUCGGAUCGAGGAAGGAUGCCAAUGGUCGGAGUACCCGAGGCUUCCUUUGACAUGUUUGCGUCCAAGCUGCUCGCCUUGGGCUACAAGAUUGGCAGGGUCGAUCAGAUGGAAACUGCAGUCGGUUUGGGAAUGCGGAAAGACAAGGACAAGGCAAAGGGGGUUGGGACUGAUAUCGUCAGGCGAGAGCUCAGACAUGUCAUGACGACAGGUACAAUGAUCGAGGGGCUCGAAGACGACCUCGCCAACUACUGUUUGGCCUUGACCGAGACCGUUACAGAAGGCGAAGACGGCAGAGAGGUCGUCGCCUUCGGAGUCUGCAUGCUUGACGCAGCCACGAGCGAAUUUAGUCUGUCGGAAUGGGCUGACGACCAAGCACGAAGCGAGCUUGAGACUCUUCUACGAUCUCUCCGCGUCAAGGAAAUCAUUCACAAGAAGGGACAGCUGUCCAAGAGCACAUCGCGGAUCAUCCGCAACUGCGUUGGCGCAGAUUGCCGUAUCACCAUGCUUCGAGAUGGCAAAGAAUGGUUCGACGCCGAAGCCACAGACGCUCAGCUGGAGGAUCUCUUUGGUGAGGGCAAGGCAGAGCUCCCUCAAGCCAUCAGCGCGAUGCUCGACAAGGCCGAAGCCAUGAACGCUUUGGGAGGUAUGUUUGCCUACCUCACCCAGCUCUCACUUCUCGGUGACGUAGCAUCUUCAAAGAAUUUCAACGUCCUCGACGCUCGACGCUCUGCUGCUGGCCAGCCAAUGAAGCUGGAUGCAAACACAUUGAGCCACCUGUGUGUCCUCCAGAAUGAGGAUGGCUCUGACACGGGCACACUCCAUCGACUGCUCAACCGAUGCAUCACUCCUUGCGGCAAGCGACUCUUCAAGAUUUGGCUCACCCACCCUCUCUCCGAAGCCAAAGCCAUCGAGGAGCGUCUGGACGCUGUUGACGAUCUUCUGGGCAACUCUGACUUCGAGGAUGCAUUCUCCCGAAUGAGAGGUUUCCCUGACUUUGAGCGGCUAAUCCCCAAGGUCCACUCUGGCAAAAUUCGUCCCGGCGAGUUCACCCGCCUGCUAAGCAGCUUCAAGAAGCUGACGCCAGAGAUUGAGAACCUACUUCAGAUGGCCGAAGGCCACGACUUCCGGUCGAAACUGCUCAGAGGGCUCUUAAGUUCUGUUCCCGAUGUCGCCACGCUUGCCAACGAGAUCGACUCGAUGUUCAUUGCUGAAGAAGACGGCUCAUUCCAGCCUCAGCCAGGUGUCGACGAAGCCUUUGACGAGGCUCAGACGCUCGUUGAGGGUGUUCAUGAGCAGCUCGAAGAUGAGCUCAGGUCCGCCCGAAAGAAGCUCAAGCUUGGUGCCACUAAGAAGGGCGGCUGCAAUUGGAAGCACAAGGGAACCAAUGAGAUCUAUCAGAUUGAAGUCCCUCGCAACACAAGGGUUCCCAACGACUGGCUCGAGAUCUCCUCUACGAACGACGCUAAAGGCUACUACCCGCCUGAAGUCAAGUCGCUAGUACUGACUCUCAAGGAGUCUCGAGAGACCCGACUUGCUGCCCUCAAGGAAUUUCACGCACGUCUCUUCGAAAUGUUCAAUGCCAAUGCGAAGACGUACUUGUCAGCGGUCCGAGCUGUAGGCGAAGUCGACUGCUUGCUCAGCCUAGCUCAGACCUCAUAUGCAAUGGGCGAACCCACCUGCAGACCAACAUUUGUGGAGAGCGAGCGAGCUGUCGUCGCCUUUGAAGAGCUGCGACAUCCUUGCAUUGCCGGAUCGACCGACUUCAUCGCCAAUGACGUCAAGAUGGGCGGCGACUCGGCGGAAGUCAUCCUGCUGACGGGAGGCAACAUGGCAGGAAAGAGUACGACGGCCAGGACUACUGCCACUGGUGUCAUCUUGGCGCAGCUGGGUUGCCGAGUCCCUGCUGCCUCAGCCACUCUGGCGCCCGUAGACCGCAUCUGCACCCGCAUGGGCGCCAACGACCAGAUCUUCAAGGGAAGCUCUACUUUCAUGGUCGAGAUGCAGGAAGCCAGCCGUAUCAUCAAGGAUUGCACACCUCGCUCUCUUGUCAUCAUGGACGAGCUGGGCAGGGGCACAAGCACCUUUGAUGGUCACGCCAUCGCUCACGCUGUUCUGCACCACAUCAUUGCAAGGACUCGCUGUCUCUCCUUCUUUCUGACUCACUACCUGCAAUUGGCAUACGACUUCGAAGGCUAUCCACGCUGCGCAAACAAGCAUAUGGAGGUCUUGGUCGAUGAUGAGCGACGAGAGGUCGUCUUUACCUACCGACUCGUCAACGGCGUGGCCGAGUCCUCAUACGGAACCCAGGUUGCAGGUCUGGCUGGUGUACCUCGCGAGAUCUGCGAUCGCGCCAGUGACAUUUCUCGAGAAUUUGCCGAGGCUACCAAACAGCACCAAGCCGAGCGCACAACGUCUGCGCUGCCCGUCUCGACAUUGGGAGACUUUGCGUACCUCUUCCGAUUGGGUCAGGGUGCAUUGCCACACAUUGCCGAUCAUCUAGGUGAUCGAGGCAACGAUGGUCAGGUCGCGUCUCAGCUCGAGGUCAUCCGUGCACAGCUGCAGCGCAUUGGCAGUCGCAAUCAGAGCAAUGGCGGGGAUGGAGAUGUGGAAAUGCACGAUGCGGAAAAGCAGCCGUCUGGGAUCUCAGACGGCAACGGGAUCGACAGCACACCGAAGAAAGCAACAGCCGCAGCAGAGCCGACAGCCCCUUCAGCAGCACUCUCUUCAUCGUCCAAGCGAUCGGCUUCGUAUGGUGGUAGCAAUGCUCGAUAUCAAAAGCGACGACUCGCCGAGGGGGGAGAUUCAAGUCUACAGACGGGAGAAGAGGGGAGCGAAGACUUUCUCGGCGGUGCCUCUUCCCCCCUUCGUACUCAUAGCAGUCCGCUAGCCUCGAAGAGCAGAAAGCAGCAAGCUCGUCUCCCCUUUGGCUCUGCAUCGACAUCUAGUGCCAACAGCCACAGCAACGGCGCCGGCGAGCAACUCAUCCUGGACCUAGGUCAGAAGCUGCAGGUGACGUGCACUGCGUGUCAGAUGUCCUACGACAGAUCCUCCCCAGAAGACAUGGCUCUGCAUGUCCGACACCACGAUCGCGUCACGCGAGGGGUAGAGUGGACUGGCAAGAACCUGCUGAGAGCGGGAGAAGUGGUGGAUGUAGGGAGCUUGCCAGAGGCUAGCCUGGUCAGGGCGCUGGGAAAGGGAGUUUUGACGGUCGCUGCGCGACGGGACAACCAGAGCACUCCACAAAUGGGUGGCGCAGGUGGAGCCAUGGAUGAGCUGGAUGCACUCUUGGCCGCCUCGCCUACUUCUUCGGGCAAAAAGAAGAACAAUGGCGCAACGGUCCCUCUUCGUAUCUUGCGCUACUCCUUUACCGGGACAGCUGGUGGAGCAAUCUCGACGGAUGCAGGGCAAGCGGAUCAUCUGGUCGCCAAGAAGCUCCAGGAGGUCAGCACUACCGUCGAUGAAGCCCUUGGUGCGGCACCUCUUGACGAGGAGACGAGGAGACGUCGCGGACCCAAAAUGUUCCUCGCAAUCGUCGCAGGCAGGGUGGUGGGAGCGGCCGUUACGGGAGCUGUACCUCCAGGCUCGGCUCGGAGGGUAGUAGACAUCGCAGAAGGCACCGAUAACGGCAGCAAGUCCAGCGCUGAGGGCAAGGACGUCGAUUCGAAUUCCACCGCCACUUCGACCUCUCAGGCCUUUGCCAGCUCAGGAGACGCCAUCUUCCUCUCCUCUCAGCCCCUUCCCAAAUACCAGCCGGCCCCAAUCCUAGGCGUACACCGCAUCUACGUCCUCCCCUCUCUCCGUCGUCUUGGCGUGGGCAGCCGCCUCCUCGAUGCCGUACUGGAGCACUCGGUGUACGGGCAGAAUGCAGAGGCCCUCUUGCGACAAUUUGGUGGGAGAAAGGGAAAUGUCGUUGCGUUCAGCCAACCGACGGAAGCGGGAAGGAGAUUGGCGGAGAGGUGGUUGAUGCAGGGGAGUGGCCAGAGAAGGGAAGCGGGAGGGGGAGGGGGUGCGACUACCAAUGGAGGCGGGGAGCGAGCGUCUGGAUUGAUCGUCUUCCAGGAGGAGUAGGAGGAUGCGGAUGGGCGAUGAGAAGAACGUUUCUUUUGUACUGUUGUCAAUAGCUUCUCCCGAGCGCAUUCAAUCAAUGUCAAAUAAUGCC